AUGUAUCACCGCGGGGGGCACCAGGCAUGGACACCACCACCUAAUUUUGCCAUGGUUGAGGCAGGCAUCUAUCGCAGCGCCUACCCCACGCUCGCCAGUGUGCCAUAUCUGAAGUAUAUUGGUAUAAAAACUGUUGUGUUGCUCUCCAUUGAACUGCUACCAGGGCCUGUCGCACGUGCCCUUGCAAGCACAGACCACACAACUCGUGCUGCAGGGACUUCGGAGGGGAUUUCGACGAGUAAGAGGGAGGCAGACACUGCCGAUCCCAUUCGUGUUGUCUGCACAGCGGAUUUGACGGCGUGGAUGAAUGAGUACUCAUGGUCAAAAGAUGACUUUGCCGAGUCUGACGUUUGCCACGCCCUAGAUUUUGCCCUUCAAACGGGUUUCCAACCUGUGCUUUUUACGUGCCCUACAGGGGAUAUUCAAACCAGCGUUGUUAUCGGUUGUAUGCGGCGACAUCAGGGAUGGACAGUUGCGGCUGCUAUCGCGGAGUGUGAGUUGUUUGUACACCUUUCAACGUGUGUUCGUCCCAGUGUUCUGCGGUUUAUUGAGCGCUGGGACCUCAAAGAACAGUCUCUGCAGGAAACCAGUAUUGCUAGUAGGAGGCGCGAGCUUUUAUUACAGAAGUGUCAGCCGGAACAGUUCUCUCGUACGAGGAGCAAAGGAAUACCGCAUGUCUCCAUCGACUCUGGUUCUGACAAUGAUGACAUUACGGCGAGAAAUGGUAACCAAACUUGGAGGAAAGGGAGUCCGCAAAAUAGCUCAACGCCUUAUCGGGAAAACCACGGGGAUGGAGUGUCUUCUUUCAAAGGAAAGGCUGGGGAGGAUGCUACGGUUUCCGUAUCCGCUUCAGCGGUAACUGAGGCAAUGGCGCCGUGGUACACCGCCAGCUUGGCACGAAGAGCUGCUUACGCAGAAGAAAUUAUUGCAGCCCGAGCGAAAAGGACCUUGAGCUCUAAUAAGGACCGAUUGCCGGAGCCGCAUGAGCGCUACUUUGGUGUGCGAAAUCCACCAGCGCUUGAUGAGCGUUCGACCUUCACAAAGGAAUCGGUCGUUGAAGAGGAUGACGAGUGA